AUGGUAACUGAAAAUGGCAUCUGUUCGUGGUAUGGCGUGAACCUCGCGGGUGCCCUAACGGCCAGCGGCGAGAAGUUUGAUCCAAACGCUAUGACUGCCGCACACAAGACAUUGCCUUUUGGGACAAGAGUUAAAGUGAACUGUAAUGGGAGAAGUGUUACGGUCAGAAUCAACGAUAGGGGACCCUUUCAUGCCGGACGUAUCCUAGAUGUAAGCCAAGGGGCGGCCAGACAUCUCGGUAUUAUCAACGCGGGUCUCUGUCAGUGCUCAGUACACGGAGCCUGAACUCAAUAACAAUUGGUUUACAUUCUCUAUACAUAAGAAUGGCAACAAUUAUCG